CGAAGCGGAAGCCUCCAUUUUAGCUCCCUUGGCCGCUCGACGCCUCACGUGUCCCGGCCUGCGUGCCUCACAUGACCCGUGUGUUUGUCCCCGUGAUCACGGAAGCCUUCCUCCAACUCGGCGGAUCCGCGUUGUUGCCGUCGCUCGUUCCCACGCCGACCGAGCCUUCAUGGAUAUGCUGGAGCAGAGUGCGGAAAGCUCGGCGAGUCACAACAAACCAGAAACCGACGACAUUGAGCAAUUACAGGAAGGAGAAGCAGAGGAUCAGUCAACUGGUGCAAUUUCUGCUGUCUCGCAAGCUGCCUUCGCUGACCACAAUGUCCAGUACCAGUUCCGCACAGAUAGCAGUGGUGGCCAGGUGACCUAUCGUGUCGUUCAAGUGGCAGACGACAACAUCGAAUCGUCCGCAGACGCCGCCGGAGCGGUUAGCGUCGUCUCUACUGCAGCGUUUACGGGCACGCCGCAGGCUGUAAUCCAGAAUCCUUUCAGUAACGGGGGAAGUCCGGUCGGGGAGACGGUCGGAGGAGAGACGCGUUUUGCGUACUUUCCUGCCGCUACCGUCGGUGACGGGACAGCCACAGCCGUGUCAGUGCAAACCACCGCUGACCCGACAAUCACACAAGGGGCAGGUCAAUUCUACGUCAUGAUGACUCCUCCCGAUGUGCUGCAGUCUGCAACCCAACGGACCAUCGCGCCACGCACGCAGACUUACCCAGCAGACCUCGGUGAAAGCGAGAUGUUGCAGCAUGGCAGCACAAACUGGAAAGUGGAGGGUCCACGAGCACCGAGGGACGAAAGACGAAGAGCACAACACAAUGAAGUGGAGAGAAGAAGAAGAGACAAAAUUAACAACUGGAUUGUCACUCUUUCCAAAAUCAUCCCCGACUGCAAUAUUGACAGUAGAACUGGUGCUAGUAAAGGAGGAAUCCUGUCCAAAGCUUGCGAUUACAUCCGAGAACUCCGUCAAAACAACCAGCGGUUGCAGGACAGCUUCAAAGAAGUGGAGCGACUGGAACUGGACAACGAACUGCUUCGACAACAGCUUGAGGAACUCAAGAGCGACAACGCACUCCUUCGAGCGCAGCUACAGCAGCACGGCGUGGAAAUCAACGGCGGCUCGACACCGCAGUGAUAAGCGGACACAAGUCGCUAACGUGAACAAUACCAGGAAAGGAACAACCACGGGCGACGACAUGAACAUAAAAAGCAAAAGUGAAGGACCGCUGACAGACAAUGUCUCCCUCCAAAUGCUGCUGGUCAAUGGCGGACAUUUA